AUGGCUGUUGUAGACCAUUUGGUGGAUGCAACUGCAGGUCAUAAAUUUCUUUCUUUUAUGGAUGGAUAUUCUGGUUAUAAUCAGAUAUUCAUUGCUGAAGAAGAUACAAACAAAACUACAUUUAGAUGUCCAAGAUAUAUUGUACUGUUUGAAUGGAUUGUAAUGGCAUUUGGAUUAAAAAAUGCAGGUGCAACUUAUCAAAGAACGAUGAAUGUAAUCUUUCAUGACCUGAUUGGAAGGUUCAUGGAAGUUUAUAUUGAUGAUGUGGUAGUUAAAUCUCACACAUUUGAUGAGCAUAUUGAUCAUUUAAAGCAAGUUUUGCUAAGAAUGAGACAUUAUCAACUCAAAAUGAAUGCAACAAAAUGUGCAUUUGGGGUCACUGCUAGAAACUUUCUUGGAUUCUUAGUACAUAAGAAAGGAAUUGAGAUUGAUAAGGAUAAGGCAAAAUCAAUUAUAGAAGCACAACCCCCAACAAAUAAACAAGAACUUCAACAGUUCUUAGGACAAGUUAACUUCCUUAGAAGAUUCAUUUCUAACUUGUCUGGGAAGACUCUUGCUUUUUCACCACUCUUGAGAUUGAAAUCUCAAAAAGAUUUCAAGUGGAAAGAAGAACAUCAAAAAGCUUUUGAGUUUUUAAAACUAUCAUUAACUAAGCCUCCUGUUCUUAUGCCACCAAUAUAUGGCAAACCAUUGAAAUUGUAUAUUUUAGCUAAUCAUGAGUCGAUUGGCAGUCUUUUGGCUCAAGAUAAUGAAAAUGGACAUGAGCAGGCUAUAUAUUAUCUUAGUAGAAGAUUAAAUGAGUUAAAAGGUCAAGCAUUAGCUGAUUUUCUUGUAGAUCAUCCUAAUAUGUUAAUGGAGAGGGAUGAAUUUGAGGUUCAUAUGGUUGAAAUAAGACCAUGGAAAUUAUCAUUUGAUGGUUCUAAAACCGAUAAAGGGGUUGAAGCAGGUGUAGUUUUUAUGUCUCCUAAAGGAGAACUAUUGCAGUUUUCUUUCCAACUAGAUGAAAACAGAAUUGUGUCCAAUAACCAAGCUGAGUAUGAAGCUUUAAUUAUUGUAACAGGUGAAUACAAGUGUUAUCAUCCCUUAUUAGAAUUACAACUGCAGAAAGUUAAAAUUCUUAUGUCAUACUUUGAUGAUAUACAGUUACAUAUUUUUAGAUUAGAAAAUGGUGAUGCCAAUCAAAUGGCACAAAUAGCUUAUGGAAUCAGAAUUCCAGAAGGGCAAAAUGAGAAAUUAAUAAGGGUGCAAAAAAGAUUUUUGCCUUUCUCUAUUGAAAGAGAUAGAGAUGAUUUGGAUGUUAUGGAAAUAACCCUAUUUGAUGAUUGGAGGAUUCCAAUAAAAAGAUUUUUAGAAAAUCCAAAUGAAAAAACAGAUAGAAAUAUAAAACAAAGGACAAUUAAUUACAUUAUCUUGGGUGAUGAUUUAUUUAGAAAAUCAUCAGAUGAGGUGUUAUUGUUAUGUAUUGCGAAACCUCAAACAAUGACAGUGAUGGGAGAAGUUCAUGAGGGAAUCUGUGGAUCUCAUCAGUCUGGAGAAAAGAUGAAAUGCAACAUGGACCAAUUCAGAGGAUUCCAGCCUUUCCCUUACAAUCAAUUGUUAAACCAUGGCCUUUUUAGAGGUUGGGCAAUUGAUAUGAUUGCUGAAAUUAUACCUCAUUCUUCUUUGCAACAUGAGUAUGUAAUGGUGGCUACUGAUUAUUUCACAAAGUGGACAGAAGCUAUUCCGUUAAAAAAGUGUAGCUCAAGAACAGAGGUAAUGGCUUAUGCUAGUUCAUUUGGAGUCAAAAUUUUAAAUUCUUCUCCUUAUUAUGCUCAAGCGAAUGCGCAAGUGGAAUCUACCAAUAAAAUUAUUAAAAAUACCUUGUCAAAAAUGAUUACCAAUAAUCCCAGAGAAUGGCAUGAUUUAUUUCCAAAAGUUCUAUGGGCUUACAAAAUGUCAAAAAGGGAUAGUACAAAAGCUACACCAUAUGAAUUGGUAUAUGGACAAGCUGCAGUUUUGCCCGUCGAGAUUAAUGUUGCUUCUCACAGAAUUGCUAGGCAUUAUGAUCCAUGUAAUUUUGAUUUUGAAGAAGCGAUGUAUAGAGAGUUAGAUGGACUGGAGGAGUCCAUAAUUGAUGCUUUAAGCAACAUACAAGCAUAG